UUUCUGCCCCCGCUGAUUUAACUGCUGCUAUUGAAACAGCAAGAUUCUGGAAAACAGAAAAAUUUAUAACUACUGAAACUGAUACUAAAGAUGUUAUUGCCCAACUUAUCAACCAAAUUGCUAAGUUGAAAAAUGAGAUAAUCAAAGUUAUAGAAAUGAUAAAAAUCGAAGUAAAAGUUGAAGUAG